AUGCCCUUUGAGGAAAGUCCCAACUCCUUCCUCUUCGGACUCAACCAAUUCACUUCGCCCCCUGCCGACUCGCAAAACGACAGCGCCAACGACUCGCGCUCCGGCAGCAUGCUUGCCAACCUCGACGCUUUCGCCGUCGCCGACGAUGUUGCUGGCGGCUCUAGCCAAAACGACUCCACAGCCGCCCAGGCUCCCAACUUUGCCGAUCAACUCGCCCUCUGGACUAACGCCAACUUUAGCUUUGAUGGUCCUACCGGUCACGCCCUGUUAGGUGACGAGGAGAAAGAAAAGGAGGAAGCAGAGCACAAUCGGCGACGCGAGGAUGAGAACCGUCGUAAUCAAGAGGAAGAGCGAGAGAGGCUUGCCAGGAAUGCCGCAGCAAGCUCUCGUGGCAGCCAUGCUUUUCGCGGAAAAGCUCGCGAACUCGACUCGAACACUUCCGGCUCGGCUCCACCCUAUCCUGCCACAUCUCAACCCCACACGCCAACCCAACAUCCUCACCAACAGCACCACUCUCAUCCAUCCUACUUUCCCGGUGCGCCCAACUUUAACGCAGCCGUACGACCAUCACCAGCGACCAACCCUCCUGGUCCUGGCGUUGGCGGUCCAUUCUCUCUCUUCAACGGCUUUCCCAAUGUGCAACAGCAGCAACAGCAGCAAUCCUCACAGCCCGGCUUUGGCGCUCCCGCCAACCUCGACAUGACAUCCGCUCUGGCUCUGCAACAUCUUCUAACGAGCAACCCGCUCGCCCUUGCUAGCCUCAGCCAGCUUGCCGGCCUCACCAAUCCACAGCUUCAAUCGCAUCUCGCUGGAAUCGUCAAUGCUGGCGCUGCACUCGGCGGAUUCAACCAGGCCCAGCAAGCCACGACGCCACAACAGCAGCACGGCCACCAACCCCACAGCAACGGCUCCGUCGGUCCUGGCGCAUCGCCUUGGCUCAGUGCUCAGUCCCUAGCAGCCUCUCGCGGCGGCAGUAUUAGCGGAGCUUCACCUCAGAACGUCAACUGGGCUCCACAGCUUGGCUCCAGCGGUCUUCCGGCUGCUUCACCCGGCCAAGUCCCUCCUUCCUUUGGCUCGAACCUCGUCAUCGGCCCAGCGCCGCAGUUUGGCUCUACCGCCAACCACGCCAACGCCUCCAACGGGCCAUCUAGUCGUGUCACUGACGAGCCAGGCUCCUCUGCCUCGGGCACCGGCCAAGGCUCAGGCCCAGGCUCAGGUUCAGGUUCAGGUUCAGGUUCAGGUUCAGGUUCAGGUUCAGGCUCAGGCUCAGGCUCAGGCUCAGGCUCAGGCUCAGGCUCAGGCUCAGGCUCCGCACCUUCCAAGAAGAAACGUACCAGCACGUCUGAAGGCAAAAAAGCUCAAAUUGACAUCGACCCAGACGACUCAGACGACAUCCUGAGCCGACUCGAAGACGUCGAACGACGCUACGAUAUCCCUCCACUCAAACUCAUCGACACAGGGAAUCCAGAAGCCGACGCCGAAGCCAACCGACUGGCUAUUGAAGAGGACAAGCGUCGUCGCAACACGGCCGCCUCUGCUCGCUUCCGUAUCAAAAAGAAGCAGCGCGAAGCAGCGAUGGAACAAGCCUCCAAGGAGCUGCAGCAGCGUCUUGCGGAUCUCGAGACGGAGAAUGCCCGGCUGAGAACCGAAAAUGGCUGGUUGAAGAGCUUGAUUACCGUCAGGCCCGACCAAGCUAUGCCUGGCGGUCUGGAUCAGAGCGCUGUGCCCAAUCCAUUCUCGAAUUUGGCAGGUCCUAGUGGCAGCAGCCAGCGAGCAUCGGGAGUAUCGGGAGCAGCUGCGCCCGCCGAGACGGCGGCCAACGGUGAUGCUCAGCUCAGCAGGGAUACACCCGAUCGUCAGAGUGGUCUGCAUCCCAGAGGCGUGGGUACCGGCGGAGCCGCAAGCGACGAGAAUGCCAAAGGUAAAGCCAACGCCAGCAAGAAUUCCAAUGCCAAUGGCAGUGGUGCCCAGCUCAAGCGUGAUCGCGAGGAAUGA